AAGAUGAAAGUAUCCGGGAAGAAUGUAAAGAGUGGUCAAAAUAUUUAUCAGAAAUUGCAGAACAACAAAGUCGGCAUAACAUUCUUAACGUACUGAACUCCUACAACAAAGGAAGAUUCAGAACUAAAGACGAUUUUUUAAAGCAAGUCAUUUUGGUUCUCCGAGACAAUUAUUUUCCCGAUUAUGAAGUUCAUAUUUUGUUGUUUCUCAUGAGCCUUCUCGCAAACAAGACCCCAUAUUACAAGCUUAAAACGAUGACAAUUCUUAAAAUGUUAUUACCGCAUAUUGAUACACAAAGAGAGGAGUUUAGCAAAAUAGGCUCUGAGUUAAUUUUACCGCUUCUCCGUCUUUUAAAUUCGUCAUAUUCUCAAGAAGCAUUAGAAGUUCUUGAUGAAUCCAUAACUAUUUCAGUUUCACCCGCGAAAGACAAGCAAAUCAUGCGUAUGAGUCUUAAUUCGAGAAGGGGAAAAGAAAUAGAUGGAACUGCUAGCCUAUUUGGUGAUCCUGAUGAACAUGGUUGGGCAAUUCCUGAUCGUCAAGCGGCCAUGGAAGCUACGAGAUUAAAUGUACAUGCAGUAUGCUACACGUGUAAAAAGAUCCCACAGCAAGAUCCUAAUUAUCAAGAUGAUCCAGAUUAUCAAUUAUUUUCUGACAUUAACAUGGACAUUAACGGUGGAUAUAGCGAUGAGGCACCAGCAGAUCAUAAAAUUAGAGAUAUUGUAUCGAAGCUUCAAGAUUUGAACGAAUACUUUCUUCUUGGUGAUGACGUCCUUAAUAAUGAUGGAAAUAUAGCGAAUGGAAGGGCCAUGACCGUAACAACACCAUUUCAUAGUAAAACACUUAGCGAUGCUGAGCAUGACUUUGAAGAAUUUGAUGAUGGCAAAUCGUCAGUGAAUAUAGACUAUUUGGCUGAUGAGGCGCAUAUUGAACCGUAUGUGAUAAAUAAUGACGAUAUUGAUGCUAUAUCACCGCAAGGACAAGAUGAUGUACUAAGUUCAGCAUCAUCAACUGAUGAUGAAGGUAUAAAUUUAUUGGAUGAUGAUGAAUCAAUACUAUCUGAUGGAAAUAGCAGCUCAUUUAAUUUAGAAUAUCUUGUUCAAGAAACAUAA